GUUCAGGCAGUUGGGGUACUCAGCCCUUGAGUGGCCAUGUCCAACCCCAGUGCCCCUCCUCCAUAUGAGGACCGUAACCCUCUCUACCCUGGCCCCCCACCCCCUGGGGGAUACGGACAUCCAUCUGUCCUCCCAGGCGGGUACCCCGCUUACCCUGCCUACCCGCAACCUGGCUAUGGUCACCCUGCUGGUUAUCCCCAGCCGAUGCCCCCCAUCCACCCGAUGCCCAUGCACUACGGUCCAGGUGAGGGCUAUGGUGGGGAGGAAAGAGCAGUGAGUGACAACUUCGGGCCUGGAGAAUGGGAUGACAAGAAAGUCCGACACACCUUUAUCCGAAAGGUCUACACCAUCAUCUCCGUCCAGCUGCUCGUCACUGUCGCCAUCAUCGCCAUCUUCACCUUCGUGAAGCCGGUGGGCGACUAUGUGAGGAGAAAUACGGCUGUCUAUUACGUGUCCUAUGCUGUCUUCCUGGCCACCUACCUGACUCUUGCCUGCUGCCAGGGACCCAGACGCCGUUUCCCAUGGAACAUCAUCUUGCUGACCAUCUUUACUCUUGCCAUGGGCUUCAUGACAGGCACCAUUUCCAGUAUGUAUAAUACCAAAGCUGUUAUCAUUGCAAUGAUCAUCACCGCCAUUGUAUCCAUUGCAGUCACUAUAUUCUGCUUUCAGACCAAGGUGGACUUCACUUCAUGUGCUGGCCUCUUCUGUGUUCUGGGAAUUGUGCUGAUGGUGACUGGGAUUAUUACUGCCAUUGUGCUGUCCUUUAAAUAUGUUCCCUGGCUCCACAUGCUGUAUGCUGCUCUGGGGGCCAUUGCUUUCACCCUGUUCCUGGCUUAUGACACUCAGCUGGUUCUGGGGAACCGGAAGCACACCAUCAGCCCGGAAGACUACAUCACUGGAGCCCUGCAGAUCUACACAGACAUCGUCUACAUCUUCACCUUUGUGCUACAGCUUGUGGGGGACCGCAAUUAA